AUGGUGGACUUGUUGGGGGAAAUGAGCCAAGGCAAGGCUGAAGAUUUACUGAAGACGAACACCGUACAAAGUACGCAAAAUCAAACUACUGCCCCUCCACCCCCACAGCCUCGGGAAUAUCAAUCACUAUACUCGUAUAGAGUCACCUCCAUCUCCGGCCAGAUAGUCUGCGACUCUGCUUACAAUCAAUCUUCUACUCCAAGCAUUUCCAUCCAACUAAAUCAGCAGAAGAUCGACUGGACACAUAUGGGGUGGUUGCUUAAGCCGGCGGCUUCUUUGUUACUGAUGCUGUUUUUAGUAAGUUUCGGAUGGCAGGACGAGAAAUUUAGCAGUGCAGGAGCCAGCAGGCCACUCCCCUUUUUACCUCAACAGAGAUACUCAAAGAUUUUCGCUAGCCUUGGAGUUGUUUGCAAGUGUUGUGAUGGUGCAGCAGCUUCAGAUGGGGAACAUUGUGCAACUACAUGGACUGGGGCUUGCUCCGAUCUUCAGUGCCUUCCAUGGAAAUUGCAGUAGUUAGAAGUUAGAACUGGUGUAAAAAAUCUCAGUUUUCAUUUUCAACUACAUGGACUGGGGCUUGCUCCAAUCUUCAGCGCCUUCCAUGGAAAUUGCAGUAGUUAGAACUGGUGUACAAAAUCUCAAUUUUCAUUUUCAACAUCUUCUUGUCUGCCUUUACCGCUCGUGA